AUGGCUUCCUGCAGUGCGCGAUGCGCGCUGCUAGAAAGACGCUUUCUUGAAGAGAGACAACUACGACAAUUCGCGGAACAUCAUGUGGAAAGUUUGCGUGUGGAGCUGUCAAAGCUGAAAACAGAUCAUGUACAGGUGUAUCAGCAGGAACCUGAGGAGACGAUUCCUGUUGGAGCGACAGACGGAAUUAUUGUACGGGAUGAUGACGAGAAGAAGAUAAAACGGCAGAAACUCGUGAUUAGUCUGGAGAGUAUACCGAGCAAAUUCGUAUUGGAAAGCAAGGACAGCGUCGCGGGAAACGAGGCAUUUCAGCCGGGAGAGGAUGGACAGUUCACCCGCACAUACAUUCUCAUGGGCAUUAAUGACUUUAAGCAAGACCCGGAAAAUGAUAUGAUGCUAGAUGAUUUCAACGUUUAUGGGGUCAAGAUGGAACUGCCAACAGACGAUUUACGCGUUCAAUAUGGGAAGCUCAAGACUACACUUGCAGAGCUAAAGGAAGAACUGGCUGAGGCAAAGAGAAGAGCUACUGCUGGCCAAGUCGCUCAGGAAAAAGCCACCCAGCUACAACGAGAAAGGGACCAACUGCAGCCACUUCUUCGCAUUGGAGUUAGAGUCCGGCUGCGAUUUCUGGAGCAAGCAAGGGAGACGCUUUUCACCGUGCCUAAACAGCUUUUGCACCAAGACCUAAUUAUGGACGGCAAUACCGCAGCGCAUAAUGGAUCUGGAGAAGUUGAUUCUUUGCUCUUCACACUCUCUCUGAUAGGACCGGAACUGAAGUCGGGAUUAUCAGCGGUCUUCACGUCGCUCUAUUACUCGGACCCUACGACAUAUGGAACAUGGUCUAAACAUAUGCUCGAGGCAAUCGACCACGAAGUGACUAUCAAAAGUCUAAGAACAGUCAACGAUGGCAUGGAUAGGCCUCUCAAUGAGCGAUUAUGGGCAUUGGAACAUAUCGAGUAUAUCAGACAGAAGUUCCAGAAGAAGGGCCGCCGCGAGUUUGAAUCGGAUAGUGACGUAGCGAGGAGGCUGACGUUGGUGAAGGAAUUGGUUGAGAAGAUUAUUCCCCAAGAUGCUUCGAAAUCUGCCCAAGUCUUCUUCGACAAUACCGCCGUGAACAGACGAUCACAAGCAUCACCACUCUCCGCCUGGCUCCGAGUGCCUCUUUCAUGGUAUCAGUCGACGACCUACGCUCUCUGCCCCGACGAAACCCAUUCCUCUAUUCGCCGAGCCUACACAUCUCCCCUUGAGCAACACUCCAGGCGACAGUUCUGUGGGUUCUGCGGUACACCACUUUCCUACUGGUCCGAAUCACCGCCCAGCGAAGCCGACUACAUCUCCUUGACUGUGGGGUCGUUGACAGAUUCAGACCUACAAGACCUGGAGGAUUUGGGACUUUUGCCACCAGAAGCUCUGUCGGAUAUCGAAAACGAUGGCGAGAAGGGCGAGAAGGACGAGAAGGCGUUGCCGGAAUCCGAGAGCAACACGUUGGCUCGGCAUAUUGAGGGAUUGCCAUGGUUCGAAUCACUGGUAGAAGGCAGCAAAUUGGGCAAAAUGAAGAAAUCUAGGGGCCAAGGGCAAAGCGGAGAUGGUCGAUACUCGGUUGAGUGGGAGGUUGUGGAGUGGACUGAUGAUGGCGAUGUUGAGACGACAAUACUUCGUAAGUUCGUAGCUGCAUGGAAGAUCGUCGGCAUUAUUGUAGGAUGGAUAUAUAUGGGGUGGAAAGUGGGAUGGAACAUGUAUACUACCAUUAGGCGUAAUGACAAGGAACUUUGCCUUAGUAAGGAGUCUAUUGCUCGAGGGGAGAAUAACAUGCGACAAUGGAUGUUCUACCUAAGGCCAACUGGUACCGCCAAUGAAUGCUGUAUCUACUACGUACCUACUUACCCAGCUGGCCCUAAGUCACAGAUUGAGGCGGGAACCCUGAUUAUCUUAUAUUCACAACUAAUAAUUACCACAUCUCAACUCACCUGCCGCCAACCAGCAACCAAGGACACUGUUGAUAUCAAGCCCACUCCCGGGUUGUCCUCCACAGCAGUCCCCACAGGCGCGGCGUGUGCAUUUUCGUCGCCCCGAGGAUCAGCCGUGGGCACUUCUCCCGGCGGUGUUCAGGGCCGCAUUUCCAUCGUUCGCCGUCCUCCUGCCACUGUUGCUCGCCCAGUGUUGAGUCGUGAACCCCGCUAUCAGCGCCUAUGGGCAGCUUCGAGCAGUACGAGGUUGGCGGGCCCAUCAGCCCGGAACAAUAACAACUUCAUUUCUCCAAUUGACCUUUGGCUAUUCUUGGCCCUUACUCCAGAAACCAGAACCAGAAAUCAGAAACCACCAGCAAUCAUGGCCCAACCGGUUCUCCGGAAAGACUUCCUCUGGGGCUUUGCAACCGCAUCCUACCAAAUUGAGGGUGCUCCAGAAGAAGAUGGUCGUGGACCCUCCAUCUGGGACAAAUUCUGCAAAAUCCCAGGCAAGAUCGCAGGCGGAAGCUCAGGAGAUGUAGCCUGCGACUCCUACCACCGAACCGGUGAAGAUAUUGCUCUUCUCAAGGAGACUGGCGCAAGAGGCUACCGCUUCUCAAUCUCCUGGUCACGUAUCAUCCCCGUCGGCGGACGCAAUGAUCCUAUCAACCAGAAGGGUAUUGAGUUCUACCAAAAGUUCGUGGAUGAUUUGCUGGCUGCGGGGAUCAUACCAAUGGUUACAUUAUUCCAUUGGGAUCUUCCCGCGGGUUUAGAUGAGAGAUAUGGUGGACUACUUAAUAAGGCAGAAUUUGUUGCUGACUUCGCACAUUACGCCCGUGUCCUGUUCAAGGCUCUCCCCAAAGUCAAGCACUGGAUCACGUUCAAUGAGCCAUGGUGCAGUUCCAUCUUGGGAUAUAAUACCGGCCUCUUCGCGCCAGGUCACACCAGUGAUAGGUCGAAGAGCGCAGUUGGUGACAGCAGCCGCGAGUGCUGGACUGUCGGGCAUAACUUCUUGAUUGCCCACGGUGCUGCGGUGAAGAUUUACAGAGAGGAAUUCAAGGCCAAGGAUGGAGGACAAAUCGGCAUCACCCUCAAUGGUGAUGCCGUCUACCCCUGGGAUCCUCAAGACCCUCUGGACGUCGAGGCGGCCGAGCGCAAACUCGAAUUCAGCAUCGCCUGGUUUGCGGACCCUAUCUACCACGGCCGAUACCCCGCCUCGAUGGUUGCCCAACUAGGUGACCGCCUCCCAACCUUCACCCCCGAAGAAAUAGCCCUCGUUCAAGGCUCCAACGACUUCUAUGGCAUGAACCACUACACCGCCAACUACAUCAAACACAAGACCACUCCUGCCGAAGCUGACGACUUCCUUGGUAACUUGGAAACUCUCUUCAUCUCCAAAAGCGGCGAGUGCAUCGGGCCCGAAACACAAUCCUUCUGGCUCCGCCCCAACCCGCAAGGCUUCAAGGAGCUCCUCCUUUGGAUCAGCAAGCGUUAUAACAACCCACCCAUCUACUGCACCGAGAACGGCACAUCCCUCAAGGGCGAGAAUGACCUCCCGCUUGAGAAGAUUGUCGAUGACGAGUUCCGCGCUGAGUACUUCAGAGGCUAUAUUAAGGCACUUGCCCAGGCAGUGGAGGAGGGCGCCGAUAUCCGGGGUUAUAUGGCUUGGAGUUUGAUGGAUAACUUUGAGUGGGCCGAGGGCUAUGAGACCCGGUUCGGUGUUACCUUUGUGGAUUAUGAGGGCGGACAGAAGAGGCACUUGAAGAAGAGUGCUAAGGUCGUGGGCCCGCUCUUCGAGAGCUUAAUUAAGAAGGAAUGA